AUGGCACUCGUCAGUGGCACAAGUCAGUGGGACUCGUUAGUGGCACUCGUCAGUGCCAUCCGUCAGUGGCAUCCGUCAGUGGCAUCCGUCAGUGGAAUCGUCAGUGCCACCUGUCAGUGGCAUCCGUCAGUGGAAUCGUUAGUGGCACCCGUCAGUGCCAUUAGUCAGUGCCACCCGUCAGUGCCAUCAGUCAGUGCCAUCCGUCAGUGGCACCCGUCAGUGCCAUUAGUCAGUGCCAUCAGUCAGUGCCAUCCGUCAGUGGCACCCGUCAGUGCCACCCGUCAGUGCCAUCAGUCAAUGCCACCCGUCAGUGCCAUCCGUCAGUGCCAUCAGUCAGUGGCACCCGUCAGUGACAUCAGUCAGUGGCACCCGUCAGUGACAUCAGUCAGUGCCACCCGUCAGUGGCACCCGUCAGUGCCAUCCGUCAGUGCCAUCCGUCAGUGCCACCCGUCAGUGCCAUCCGUCAGUGGCACCCAUCAGUGCCAUCAGUCAGUGGCACCCAUCAGUGCCAUCAGUCAGUGCCACCCGUCAGUGACAUCAGUCAGUGCCACCCGUCAGUGGCACCCGUCAGUGCCAUCCGUCAGUGGCACCCGUCAGUGCCAUCCGUCAGUGCCACCCGUCAGUGCCACCCCUCAUCACGUGCCUCAUACAUGA